AUGCUUUAUCUUUACAAUAAGACGCUACGACGACAGACAGCUUUUAGCAAACAGAGCAUUACUGACUCACGACCUAUCUUCCGUAUCUCGAGAGCGGUCGGAUUCAAAUUAAAAGGAUUGAUGACGCUGCCCUAUCAGUUUGCUUUUUGUGAAGACGACGAGCGGAGGUUAAGCGCCUAUCCUUGGGCAGCGCCGACAAUGCAGGAUGCGCAAGCAAAUUUUGAAGAAUACGUUGCGGAUGCGGCAAAAAAAGUUGUUGUGGAUAGAGGUAUAGCAAACGUUUCCAAUGACACUACUUUGCAACUGAUGUAUUCUCCCAUAAACUGCUGCUUUAAUGAUAACUACUACUGCCGCAAAGGCAGAAAACUUCGUCAAAUAUACGACAAUACUAUGUUGAAGAACAUUUCCGUAGGAGAUAUCAUUGGAAUUAUCACAGUAAAUGUACUUUUUAUUUCUAUUUUUGAUUUUAGUAAUGCAAGAAUCUGUCCAUUUAUGUUCGUGAAUGAUCAAUAA